AUGACAAAAAGAUUCUUCCAUUUUUUAUUUAUCCUGUAUGCUAUUUUGGGAGUUAGUGUGAUAGCUGAGAAAGCUGAUGAGAAAUGCGCUGCAGCUGAUGAAGUGGAUGUUAGUUCUUGUAAACUGCUCGCCCAAAGAUACGUUGAAAAUGUGAAACAACUUUCCGAGAGUGACCUCAAAGACAAAAGAAUUGGCUACGGAGCCAAUGUUCCAGUUACGACUGAACCAUCUGAUAUUGUAACCGCUGGAACAUCUAAAAACUGUACGCCAUUGACAGGAUUCAGAAUUAUUUCCUGUUUCUUUCGUCUUGGAGAUUACAUGAGAAAACUCUAUUUCCUUGAUUUGAAGAAGAAAUCCAGUCUGAAAGAAUUCCACAAAUCUUGUAACUCUCUACAUGAGUGUAUCAGCUCAAUGACCUGUGGAAAAAAAGAUAAAGAAGAUAUGGACAUGGCUAAUAAAAUCGGCUCUUAUUGUUCUGGUCUUCAUUACGUUUUCAAUAAUUUUGAGCCAUGUGUCAGUAAAUUUGAACUUGAAAAGUCUGAAUCAAAAUGCUUUUCCACUUGGAGCCCAUUCCUUGCAAAAACCAACAACGGAACCGAAACAACUGAAGAGAAUAUUUGUAGCAACUUUUUUGGUGAUGAUAACUGCAUGAAGGACGAGGUGACGAAGGUUUGCAGCGAGAAUGAAUGGAAGAGACUGAGAAAUCAUUUCAUAAAAAUAACUCCGGAAGUCAAGGAUUGCGGAUUCGAAGACCUUUAA